AUGCUGGAGGCGCUGCCCGAGGGCACCGUCCUGCUCAACAAGGCCGUGAGGACCAUCCGGUGGAGAGGGUCCUUCCGUGAGGAGGGGGACAAGGCCAGGGACUUCCCCGUCCAGGUGGAGUGUGAGGAUGGAGACACCUUCCUCGCCGACCACGUCAUCGUCACCGUCCCGCUGGGUUUCCUCAAGGAACGCCACCAGGACUUCUUCCAGCCUCCCCUGCCCGAGCGGAAAGCAGAGGCCAUUCGCCACCUGGGUUUCGGCACCAACAACAAGAUCUUCCUGGAGUUCGAGCAGCCUUUCUGGGAACCCCAGCAGCAGCUCCUCGAAGUGGUGUGGGAGGACGAGUCACCCCUUGAGGAGCCCAGCGCUGACCUGGAGGCCAACUGGUUCAAGAAGCUCAUUGGAUUCGUGGUCCUCCAGCCACCGGAGCAGCACGGACACGUCCUCUGCGGCUUCAUCGCAGGGAAGGAAUCAGAGUACAUGGAGACACUGAGCGAGGCAGAGGUUCUCGGCACCAUGACGCACAUCCUCCGCACAAUGACAGGGAACCCGAGCCUGCCCGCUCCCAGGAGCGUGCUCAGGUCCCAGUGGCACAGCGCUCGCUACACCCGGGGCUCCUACAGCUAUGUGGCCGUCGGCAGCUCAGGGGAUGACAUCGACGUGCUGGCUCAGCCUCUGCCCGAGGACCCCGAGGACCCAAGGGUGCGGCUCCGCUUUGCGGGGGAGGCCACCCACCGCACCUUCUACUCCACCACCCAUGGGGCCCUGCUGUCGGGCUGGCGAGAGGCCGAGCGCCUCAACCAGCUCUUCGAGGCACCCGGCCCCUCUCCUCGGCUCUGA